AUGUUCAAUGCUACUUGUGUGGUUUUAAGUAACAUUGCAGUAGAUGGAGGUUCAUACUCUCAACGUGGAGAUGCAAAUUUUGUUUUGAAUCAGUUGUUAUCUUUUAAGUUUGUUUUCACUUUGCAUCUUAUGAAAGACAUUGUGGAAAUUACUCAUCUUUUUUGUAUAGCAUUGCAACGUAAAUCUCAAGAUAUUUUGAAUGCAAUGUAUCUUGUCUCAAGCACAACAAAGCUACUGAAGAAUUUUCGAGAUUCGGGAUGGGAUGAUUUCUUGGUGAAAGUUAAAUUAUUUUUUGAGCAACAUCAAAUUGAUAUCCCAUGCAUGAAUGCUCAAUAUAUUGUAAGACGUGGUAGAUCUCGAAGUCAUCAUGAUGAGAUUAGUGUGGAGUAUUAUUAUCGAAUGGAUAUAUUGCUUGCAACAAUUGAUUAUCAAUUGCAAGAGUUACAUAGCAGGUUUAAUGAUCACACCGUGGAAUUGCUUGUUUUGAGCACUGUUUUGGAUCCUAGAAAUGGAUUUAUAAUGUUCAAGAUUGAUGAUAUUUGUAAACUUGCAAAGAAGUUCUAUCCGAAUGAUUUUAUGGAGCAAGAACUAGUACGUCUAAAAAUAGAACUUCAACAUUUUGAACUCGACAUUCUAAAUCAUCAUGAAUUGCAAGAAUUAUCUGGUAUUCAUGAGUUAUGUCAAGACUUGGUGAAGACAAGAAAAUCAGUGAUAUAUUCUCUUGUUGAUAGAUUGAUUAGAUUUGUUCUUACUCUUCCUGUAUCAACUGCAAUUACAGAGUGGGCAUUUUCAAUUAUGAAAAUAAUCAAAACAAAGCUCCAAAAUAAGAUGGAAGAUAAUUUCUUGAAUGAUUGUCUAACUGUGUAUAUAGAAAAGGAAGUUGCUAAAAAAUUUAGCAGUGAUUCAAUCAUAGAUGAAUUUAGUUCUAUGAAAGAGCGUAGAACUCAAUUUACUUCUAAGAAAAGAUGUUGA